AUGCCAAGGCGCCAGCGGAGUCAAGGUUGCUUUCUUUGCAGAAAGCGCAAGGUUAAGCAUGAUGAGGGGAAACCAUCUUGUGGGAACUGUGCUGUCUAUGGCAAGAAGUGUCCCGGUUAUCGGACCAGUAUCCCGUUAGUCUUCCUCAAUGAGAAUAAAAAGGUUGAGAGCCUAUUCAGUAAAGAACGGAAGAGAGCCGCAAAUAACCGACCAGAGCAGACAACACAGACGCAACUUGUCUCUCGGACUGCGAGUGCUCCUGGAAUGUCCGACACGGGACUCUCGGUACUGCGGUUCUUAUUAGACUCCUCAUGGGAAAAUCAUGGUCGUUGUUAUUUUCUAGACCAGUUCACUUUGCCCACUGAGCCAGACGGCAGCCCUGGACCCCUGGACUCGAUACCUGUUCUGUACACGCUCUGCCGGGGUGAGAAAGCCAAUGGGGCUCCUCUUCUAAGCUUGCGUGCAGCCCUGGAUGCUGCAGCAUUUGCAUCACUGGCAAGCCAUGCCAAUGUCUCGUCUCUUGCAAUCCAGGCCCGGAAGAAGUAUGGCCAGGCUCUUUGUGCGUUGAGCCGUGCUCUGGAGUCGGUUGAGGAUGCCACCCGAGACGAGACAUUGGGGGCGAUUGUCAUGCUCAUGAUUUUUGAGGAUAUCAAUAGCGAGCGACAAAGCUUGAUGAGUACUCAUGUUCCCGGGAUCCAGUACCUUUUGAAGCUGCGUGGAGUUAAGCAGCUCAGUGACCCUGCAACUCGGUCACUCUUUCACUUUGCUUUUGCACAGAUGAUGAUGUCAGGAAAUAUCAAAAUCCUCAAAUUCUGUGCCACGGUCUCGCAGUUGCUUUCCAGUGAAGGCGCUGGCCAGCCAACGCCAUUGAGCGUGAUGUCUUUCCUAGAACAGGGCGAGAACCUUGACAUGGAAUUAAGUCAGUGGCAUUCCGACAUACCAGAAGCAUGGCUGCCUCGCAAAUGUAGAAAGACCGAUGGAGCAGAGGUAAUUCUUCAUCCUGAUAUCACCUCAGCAGAUGUUUGGAACUCGUACCGUGGCACAAGAAUCAUUCUUCAACAGACAAUCCUCCAAAUACACGGAUGUCUAGAUGGCUGUACAGGGAAAGCAUGGAGAUCUGAAGCAAUAUGCUCACCACAGGACAUUAUCAUUGAGAUGGCCACCGAGAUUUGCCAGACGCUUCCAUUCGCACUAGGAGAGAUCGAUCCAUUGGGAUGCCCCACUCGUCGGACUGGUAGGACAAAUAUCAAGGCUGUUCAAGGAUUUGCACUGCUCUGGCCAAUAUUCAGCGUGACGCAAUGUGGCUAUGCCACCGAAACCCAAGAGGCUCAGGCACGCUCCGCCCUCCGUCAAAUUGGAUCUACACAUGGAAUUCAACUAGGAGUGGCAUUGGGCCGGGAGGGAGUUUCUAUGGACCGACCUCCUACGGGCAACUCGCGAGUUCCAAACCGCUGA